UACAGCAGCGCAUCACAUGAUUCUUCUCUUGUGACAAUCCAGACAGAAAGGAAAAGGCUUUCUGACUUCCAGCUGAGUUAGAAGGCGCUGCGAUGACAGAUCACUACUGUUUUUGUGCCAAAGGACCAACUUCAAGAAGGAACAUGGAGUUAAGUUAACAAUUACCAGAUUGAUCCGGGCCAUUCCUGUUUUUUAAGUGGACGUUUUGUGAAAUAUUGAGGUGUUGCGCCGACGGGGACAAAGUUGGCGCAUGGAGAGGGACGAAGUUUCAUUUUUGCGCAGCAUCUUUUCUUUGUUUUCUUUGUUUUGGUCGCCUCUGCAUCUCAACCACGGCUUUUUGGCUGACAGUAGACACACAGCCGGAGUUCAGCUUUGAGUCUGUCUGUUGCAGAGUUAAUUAAGUUGAGGACAGAACGAGACAACUUGAGGACGCAGUGUUACGUCGGUUGAGAUGGUGGACAGCAAACCUCUUCUUCAGGACAGACCUCCCGCCUACAACGCCGUCCCCGGGGCUUAUGAAUAUGGCCCGCCGCAACAAAACUACGGGGCUAUCCCCAGUACUCCGGCCCCGCCACCGUAUCCAUACCCCGAUGGACAAGGAUACCCUUCAGCCCAGAUGGCCCCUGCUGUAUCCCAGCAGCCCUACCCGGGGACUUACACCAUCAUCCAGCCGUCAGUAGUAGUGGUGGGAGGCUGCCCUGCCUGCAGAGUCGGCGUCUUGGAGGAUGACUUCACAUGCCUGGGGAUCCUGUGUGCCAUCUUCUUCUUCCCCCUGGGCCUCCUCUUCUGCUUCGCACUGCGCCAGAGAAGGUGUCCCAACUGUGGUGCCACCUUCGGAUAGAGGGACCAAACCGCAGCUCAUGCACCUGCUUGUGCUCCCACGCAUACAAACACACACAUAAUCCAGCAUUUUUGUGUCUUUUACUUUGUUAUGUUUUCUUAAUAUUGCACAUCGCUGUUGCCAUUAUAUUAUGUACUGCGAAAUGAUCAAGAUAUUACCUUGGAAUAUGACGUGAGUUUUCAUUAGAGAAACAUGUAGAAAUCUAUUUUCAUCUGCUAGUUGAGAGAAUAUAUUCUAGCAUAUGUUAGGUGUCCAUUUGUUGUCAGUGCCUUCACUUCAUGCUGAGUGAUCAUCCGAGAUUCCAUCAGUCAUGACACUUUCAGUAGAUGUGGCUCAGUUUCUUCAGGAACUGAGCAGAUUCCUUCAUGUUUUGUCAAGCCAGAAAUAUUCAAGGCUGAUGUUCGUUUUGAUGCCUCAUUUUAUUAUUUUGUUUUUGUCUCUGCUGGCACGCUUUAUACAUAUAUUUUUCUAGUUAAAUUGUGCUUUGUUGCAUUGUACUCAUCAUCAUCCAUGUAGAUUACUGAUAUAUUAGCUUUCCUUUUUUUUUUCUUCAAUGUUAACUUUACUUGGCUCUGUUUUUCAUAGAGUAACAGAUACAGCAUGUCUCCAGAAAACAAAGAGACGUGUGAAUAUUUGAUCUUUUGAAGAGAACUGUCCCGGCUGAAACAGUGGACUUGCCUCAGACAGAAAGCCUGCAACAGCUCGUCUGAUUUUGUUGAUGAUAAUUCUUGGGGCCAUAUUUGCACUGAUCAUUUGUUUGAUGAUAACUCUGCUGGGUUGUGCUUUCCCAGAGCCAACACAGACCUCAGGUACGUACAAUCUGAAAAGCCCUCGACUUCACAACCUCAAUCACUGUUCUACUCGGACUUCUACCUACUUUUAAGAGGACAAUUAUGUCAAAGCGCAGACUUCUCCUUUAAAAGGCGGAGCAUCACUUCAAGGAAGCAUGCUGAGAGUAAAAGCUGGAGAAAUCUCUCCCUCGUGUAUAAUCUCUGGAUUUUUACCUUCAUACUUUGUGACAAGUCGCCCCGCCCCAUUCCUCCCAACCAGACAAUCAAAUCAUGAAUGUCUAUGUCGGUGUAUCUGCAGUAUCUCUGUGUCUAUGUCUUCCAUUCAGCAAGAUGUUAUAUAACUGUCCAUGGCAGAAGAAAAAGAGAUAUAACAGGGGGGAGGGAUUUAAAAAAAGAAACUUCUUGCUUUAGAAAAUACACUACGCACGCUCUUAUGAUUGAGGUUCUUACUUUUUAUAUAUGAGUUACUGUAAUUAAAAAAGAAUGCUACUUAUGA